AUGUACAUCGAUACGGAAGCUGCCAAUAGAGGCUUUAUCCUGCGUGUGGAGAAGUCGCCCUCGACUGGAGACCCAGUCACUUUAGAGGAUUCACCUCUUCUGACCUCGUUUGUCGGCCAGGACCCACCGCCCUCAUACCUCGAGGCCACCACGCCAAUAAAUUGGCACCCCAGACCAAGUCGAGAUGAAGCUGCGAGAUUGCUUUCUUACAAUGACGUGCGAACGCCAGUUCCUCCACUUAUUGAUCCUAUCGACGGCGUGUACAACGGGCCGACCUACCGAGGGCGAGGCUUGCGGGAACAUUGUUCAAGAGCUCGGAUACUAAAGUGGUUGGCCGCUCUCUUCAUGAUCAUUUUGUUUGCUGCUAUAAUAACAGUAGUAACUCGUGCAAAUCCAAAGCAACAGAACCAAUCCGUAAACGGCAUACCUGCCCAACAAGCCGCAGGUUCGCAAUCACAGAGUCCGAAAGACUUCCCAAUUCGUUGGUCAAGUCGUUGCGGGAAGCAAUACAACAUGAAGAGUGAAGAAUUCGACUUUGGAUCGCCUGGAGAUCUACUAAUUGAAGAAUUUCUGCAACCAGCGGGAGGACCCUUCAGGACAUUAGCUGGCUGGGUACAUGUAGCCCAAGCACCUGCCGACCAGGCACUCGGCACGAUUCGGGCCAAAAUAUCUUACGCCGCCUCCAAAUCCGUCAACAUAGAGAGCAUCAAGUCCGAAUUCUCUGCGACUCGCCUGAGAAUCGGAGAUUUCUCCACAUCAAAGCAAGUGGAUAGUACUCAGCGCCGGACGGCUUGCCUUGGGCUGUCGGUAGUGCUAUACGUCGCACCAGGUUCGAGGCUGGAAAACUUCCAUGUUCAUGCUACGCAUCUUGGCAUGCAAGUUCACCAUGGGGUCGGUCUCUCAGUAACCAAUACGACUUCCAUAUCCCUCACCACUGGUACAUUGGAUGCAUCUUCGCUCAUCUCCAGGGAGACCAAGCUGGAGACUAUAUCUGGUUCGAUCAGCGGCAAGUACGCACUCUUCGAUUUGAUCUGGAUCAGCACAAUCAGUGGCUCUGUCAACAUCAAUGUUGAACCGAUGGAGGGUGGAACGGAGGGGGCACCUGCAGUCUUCCAAGCACAAUCGUUGUCCGGGAGCAUCAGGGCCGAUUUUAAACGGGAGCGCAUACCAGCACGGGACUACCAGUUGUCUCUCAGUACCAAAGUGGGAUCGAUUGAUGGGACUUUUGUCCACGGUUCGAGAACAUUAUUUCAAUCGGUAGCCGGCAGCAUCACAGCAGAUAUCCUUCCUUUCAGUCCAGGAGACGACGAGACUACGAUCGAAACAGACUCGCGAUCUGGGGAGACCAAGGUCAAGAUACAGUCUCCUCAUGGCGAUCAACCACGCGGCCUGAACAGGCUCGUCAGCAACCACAAGACCAUAUCGGGCGCAAUAGACUUGACAUAUCCCCAAGAGUGGGAAGGCCACCUUGACGGCAGUGCGCUUAGCGGAGCGCUGCACCUCCAAGGCAAGGAUUUGGAGCUCCUCAAUGAGCUCGCAGAACCCGGCAAAAAUCAUGUAGAAGCGAAGAAGGGCAAAGGGACUAGCGAAUUGACCUUUACUACCAUCAGCGGAGCAUGUCAAGUCAAAGUUGGAAGGCUGUGA